CAUCCCCUUUUCAGGGCACCUGCCUUGCUUGUGUUUUCCUUGAGGCAGGUCUGGCUGGCUGAAGUGUGUGUGCAGUGCUCAAAUCUGCUGUUAGGCAUGUAGCAGGUCCCACCUGAGACAUACAAACAACUAGGAGUGUCUGGGACUAUUGUGCUAUUUGGAACUGGUGCGGAAGGGCUCUGUUUUCUCUCUGCCUUCCUAGCAGCUCUUUGUCCCACCGCAGGUACGCGCUUAUGCUCUGUGCUAGUCCUUAUUUCUAUGCUGUACCUUGGCUUUCAGGUUGGUCUCUUUUUUUAUCUGCAUUUUAUGAUGUGGCUCUCUUCUUACUAUGGAUGAUGUAGAGAUUUGACUGAGGCUGUAGGCAACCUUAGCUAUUUGUGUGGGGGUGCUGCUCUGGAGGACCUUGAGGCAAUUACAUUUGUAGGAGUUGGAGUACACUGUUGAAGGUGAGGCCCCUGCAGCCUGGCUUAUGUGUAGUGGUGCUCCUGCCUGUUGUCAUAAUUAAAUGCAGGAGAAGCAGAAGGUCAGUGAAGCAGGAAGGGGUUGGAGGUAAUGUUCUGGGAUAAUCACUUUAAGGACUUCACAAACGCAUGCAUCAAGGGCUUUUCAGUUUCAGGUACAGCAGAACACGAAAGUGAUUCCAGUGCAUAGGCUUGGGUUCCAGGCUGCUUUGGCCUGGGCCCAGGGAAGUCUCUCAGGUGCUCUGGAGGACAUAGUCAAGCCUGGAACAUAAGCUCAGGUGCCCUAGAACACUCCCAUGGGACUCAGUGCCCUCUAAUGUGCCCCAGAGGUCUUGCAGUGCCCCCACAAUCAGCUCUAGAGAUACCUAAACAUAUCCCUGAGCUAUUGAGCAAGCAUUAGGGACACAUCCCAGAGCACGCUACAGCCCUUUCACAGCUCCUCGGUGUGCUCUAGAGUUCUUUACUGGUUACCCAGUGUGUCCCACUGGACUCCAAGGACUUCCCAGUGCAUUUGAUAACAUCCCAAUGUACCCUCAGAGCCCCCAGGGUCAUGCUAAAGGUUUUGCAGCGUACACCAGAGACCUCCCUGAGCCAUCCAGUGUACUCCAGGGAACACUGAUGGACUCACAGAGCCUGUCUGUGUCCGCUAGUGUGCUUCCCACUGUGUCUUAGAGGCUUCCAAGGAUGCCAGGGUGGAAUAUGGGGCUCCCUACAAUAUUCUCUGAGCUCCAGAGUGUGCUUUAGAGUGCCCUAUAUGUUUUCCAGUGUACCCUACUGUAGUCCAAGCACACCCCAGUAUACUGUGGGCCACAUUAGGCGGCUGCCUGGGCCACUGUAGGGCAUCCUAGGGUGCACUGAGAACCUCUGGUGCCAUCACAUAAAGUGGGUGUAUAUGUGGAUGUGUAUUCUGGCCUUACCUCUUUGGGCACCCAGCAGCUGAUCAGGGCACUGAGCGAAAUGUGGCUUUCCGUUGCUGCGCAGUGUACGGGUAUGUAGAGGCACGCGACGAAUUGGCGUUCUUUUCCCCCGUGUCAGUUGCACGGCGUACGCUUUCCUGCCCGUUUCUCGUCUUUUCUGCGUGUAGAGACGCCUGCAGUACCGAAUUAGCUACAGCUGGCGGCAGCACCGAGGGCCGCAACGCUAGAGCGCAUGCGCGGAUCUGGGGCCGACACCUGUGGAUCCGUGUCGGCGAUGAGCCAAUCGGGUGCCGCGGGGCGCGCAGGUGCAGCUGGAGGCGGAAUGGACGGCUGUUGUUGCUGGCUGGGGCGCCUUAAUACCGAAGGAGGCGGCGGGCAGUGGAGGAGAGAAUAGCGCUGGAGGCUGUCGGUGCGAGAAGAGGUUCCUCGCUUUAGCCUAGAGCAGUUAAAGCAAAAAGAUGUAAUUUUUAAAUGUUCGGGCGCGCGUGUUACUGUCUGGAGACCAUAGGCAGUGGCGGAUUCGCAGCGCUUGGCGGUUGGAGAAACGAGGCGCUACUUCCGCGGAAGUAUUUCCGUUCGUGCUGCUUUCGUGCCUUUUCCGAGCUGUUCCUGCUGCUGCUGUGAAGGAGGUCAGAGGAAGCCUAAGCGUUGCUGCCGUUCCUGUACCGCGCUUUUGUAGUAGGGGGCACGAGAGCGACGAGAGUCUGCAUUACUUCUUUUAAUCACCAGGCGGUAGUAGUGAGUCCAUUUGCUCCAUGCAGUGCCUGUAGUACUGUUCUCUUAUUUGGUUGCGUCUUUUUCUCCAGCAGGGGGCAGCAGCGUUCAGUGAGCUAUCGGCCCCCCUGAAAGAGUUCGGUCCCGUUCAGUGAGAGCUCUCACGGCUAGAUUCAUGAAUAGUGCUGUUUAUUGAAGGAACAGAUUGCAGAUUCUUUUGGACUUCCAGUGGUGAAUACGCUGUCUGCAGAGCACAUGCAGGUUCCAAAACUGAAUAAUACAGCUGACUGCAAGCACCUUAAAUUAAGGAAUAACUAUAGUCAUUUCUGAGUGUCCUAGGGAAGCACUGGGUAUAAUCAAGUGUGUAAAUCUGGCCCAGUAGGCAUUCCAGCGGGGGGGACAGAGAGGAUCAGCCCAUUGACUGAUCCCAGAAGUCAGCAAUGUCCUGACUUGUCUGCAGUGGUAUCUUCCCUAAAAUUCCUACACUCUGAAGUCAUUUUUAUAGUAUUUCCUUGCUUUCAGGUGGAGCUUGAGUGACUCUAGUCAUACAUCUGUUGCGAUUGGUGUAAAAUUGCCUCACUUUACUUGUAAAGGUAUAGGCUAAAAUAUUCAGAGCAUUUGUUUAGCUGAAUUGGGGGCUCCAGACCUGGAGGCAGAACUGCAGAUGGGGCCUCCUCACAAGGCCCAUGUAGAGAGGGACAAUCACCUUCCUUGCCCUACUGGCCACCACUCUUCUGAUACAGCCCAGGAUAAUGUUGGCCUUCCAGGCUGCAAGUGCACUCUGCUGGCUCAUGUUAAGUUUUUCAUCCACCAGGACCCUUAAGUCCCUGCAGGGCUACUCUCAAGGAGCUUUUCUCACAGACUGUAUACAUAUCUGGACUUGCUCUGACCCAAGUGCAACACCACAUACUUGAAUUCAUUGAACCUCAUGUUUACGUGGGCCCACUUUUCAAGUUUGUCUAGAUUGCUUUGGAUGGCAUCUCUUCCUUUUGCUGCAUCAACUGCACCCCUCAGCUUGGUGUCACUUGCAAACUUGCGAGGAUGCAUUCAAUCCCAUCAUCUGUGUAGGUGAUCAAGAUGUUAAAGAGUGCUAGUCCCAGGACAGACCCCUGGGGAAUACCGCUCACUGCUGGCCUCUACCUGGAUGUAGAGCCAUUUACCACAAUCCUAUGGCUGCAACAUUCCAGCCAAUUCCUUAUCCACCAAAUAGUCCACCCUUUGAAUCAUAUCUCUGCAAUUUAGAGAUAAGGAUGUGGUGUGGGACCCUAUAUCAAAGGCUUUUGCAGAAGCCCAGGUGAAUGACAUCAGCUGCCCUCCCUUUGUCCACCAGUGCUGUCACUCCAUCAUAGAAGGCGACCGGAUGGGUCAGGCAUGAUCUGCCUUUGGUGAAGCCAUGCUGCUUGUCUUAUGUCACCCCCUUAUCCCUCAUGUGCCUUAACAUCUCGCCCAGGAGGGUCUGUUCCAUGCUCUUCCCAGGCACAGAGGUGAUGCUCACCAGCCUGUAGUUCCCCAGCUCUUCCUUUCUCCCUUUCUUAAAAAUGAGAGUGAUGUUUCCCUUCUUCCAGUCGCCAGUGACUUUAACUGCCAUGACUUGCAAGUGAUGGAGCAAAAUGGUGCAGGGCAGGAAUGCUUGGGAAUGCACUGGAGUCUCUUGGUUAUGCACUGAGAGGAGGGGAUUGGAGACAAUGUCAUCACUGUCUCUUAAUUAGAAAUAAUUACAUUAAUGAAUAUAUGGGGAGGGAGUAAGGAGAGCCCAACUGCUACAUAGGAGUUAUCAGUAAUGAGGUAUUAAUGUGUCAUGUCUUCCCUUAUAAAUCAAAACACUGAUUGAAAAAUUAAAUGGCUCCUAAUAAUGUCACUUGAAUAAACUGUACCCUUCUUUUUCUCUGCUUGGAUCAAAAGUGGUCUGUGAGAUUUCUGACCCAGCUUUGCAGCUGUCAUAAAUACUCUCAUCCACUAUAUAAAAUUACUGUAUCUUAUAACUUGUGUCCUUCAUAUUAAAAUUCCUUCAGCUGGACUUUCUUCUUCUUUUGAUAGCUUGUCACUAAAGAUAUGAGUCUGGAAUUGGCAUGUAGAUGAGACAGAAGGAUAUAGUAUGGUAGAAGUUAGUCUAUGUUCACUCUUUAUCAAGCAACAAUAAAUUCAGAAUGUUUCUUAUUUAACAGCCCAGCUGCAAGGAAAAGCUCUAAAUUAGACUUUGCGUUAUCUCUGACUUGAAAAGCAGCCAUGACACAAAUUUACGAGAAGCCAAGUUUUAUUAAUUCCAGGGCUCAAUGUUUCUGAAAAGAAAUUACUAACAGAAAAUGAGCAGAAUAUAUUCUUGCUUUACUUUGACAAAAGUGUUGUACAUUCCCUUAUUUUGUGUAUAGUUUUUCCCCCCCAGCAAUGCUAAAUAUUUUUAAAAGGUAUGACUGAGGGCUUGUUCAUUCAGUAGUAUUAUUUGUGUGGUAAUUAUGGAACAACAAACAAGUGCUCUGGAGAAGUGAACUACUCACAUUUUCAACAGGUAAGUCCUUGUGAAGUCUGGACCUGGUGCCAAAAUUAAGAAUGAAAAAAGGAGUAUUAAUUUGUCUGUUUGUUCUUCCCAUCUGCUGUUAUUGGUAAAACCCUUGGAUCUCACCUAGGAGGCAAACUAACCCAAGAUGCACUAUGUCACAAGUCCUAUGUAGACAUCCCAAGCUAAUCUUGAGCAGCCUCUUCUAAUUCACCCUUUGGUUCUCUGUGCAAGAUACCAACUGAUUAGGUACACUUUUGACAGAUGACUGAGCAUGGAGAGGAGACAGAAUUGAGCCUUUGGAGAUCUUUCUCAACCUUAUAUGUGUAUGAUCCUGUGAUUACUGAGAACAGCUCCUGAACUAUAAUGAGAACAUGUUGGAUAUUCUCAUCCUUGAACAGCUGAAAUGCUUCAGAAAUGCGUGCUAGAAGCAAAGCUGUGCCAGGUAGAAUGGAGGUAUUUCAGUGCUAAUGUUCCUGACAAGAGCGUGUUUGAGUGUGUUGGCUUCAUAAGGCUUUCAUGUCUCCUGUAUUACUUACCCAGCAAACUAUAGUCAGUGUUGGUGGGGUUUCCCACCAUAAAUACCAGUGCUCAAGAGGAAGCUGAAAAAGUUGAUCGCCUGGUUCAGUGAGAAGUGAGUUAGCAUUGUGGGAAUUCCUCACACCCUUCCUCACAUCUGCUUCUACUUGAAGAACAUCUGAAUGCAGCCAGGCUAUGCAAUAACAACCCAGAAGCUGGGAACUGUUCGGUCUGUUCCAAAUGUGGAACAAUUUAAAGAAGUCUUGGCUGUCUGCAAGAGAGACUGAAGGAACAAGGAGGGAAAUGUUCAAUAUAAGACUAAAAUGAAUUUUUUAGCAUUUUGGAAUUUAUUCUCCCAGUUUUGGCUCCCAGGAAAGCUUUCUCCAGAGGGUAGAUAUACCACAAGGAGUUCAUCCUAUAAUUUGAGCAAUUGUGGAAAAACAUUUCCAUAAUCUAAUUACAGAAGUUUUAUGUUCUCUCCUCAUGCAGCAUAACCUCAACUUGUAAGAGCUAGGUUUAGGCCUUUCCCCCAAGAACAAGUCACAGAAACAAUGUCGAACUGGGAGCACUUCAGUAGCAGUCUUGCCUCGUUAUUUUUCCUUGCAUUUAUGACUUGUAUUUAGCUUAAAAUGUACUAUUUCUUUACCUUAUCUGGUAAGGGACUGAAUGUGAACUUGUUUAUCUGAUUUAUGACCCAGAUUGGACAAAAAUAAAUUGCCUGUCUCAACAGGCUUCGCUUUUCCCUUUUAAAAUAUAUAUAUAUUGUUUGCCUCUGCGUAUAUGAAAAUUACAGGAAAUUUAAUUAAACUCUUCUGCUACAAGGCUUCUCUACCCAGUACUGGCAAAGGUAGUGAGGUGGCCUGGAUUGCAGCAGACAUAAGUAACUAGUACAUAACAGCUUCUCUCUGUGGUCAGUAACACGGCAGCUAGUUGUACGUACAGACAUUUAUGAAAUAAUUAGUCUAGGUUUGAAGGCAGCCAUUCUGGGAUUAACAGAAUAGCUUGCUGGCAAGGAAUCAGACAGUCUGAGGGAUCCUCCCAUUUGGCACUCUACUUUCAGUAACUGGUGAGAAAGGAGCUGAAUGCAGAGGAAGUGAUAAGUUCUGAAUGUCACUGUAUCCUACUAUUUUGUUUCUUUAAGCCUGAACAGUGGAAAAAAUACUCAAAUGUCCAAAUGGAUCUGAUUUACAGGUGAAGCAGAGGGGGAUAUUUCUGUGGCUUUGCAUUUGCUAUGAAAAGGUAUCUGGGAGGUAGAAUUUGCCUCCAAAACCAAAAAGAACAAGGACUUAUCACUGUUUAUGUCUCAGCUAUUGCACUUGUUUUUAUUCUGUGAGGUGCACCUUAUUCCCCUGUCAAUUACGUAUGACUUGUAUAUGCUUUUAAAAGAACCCACCAGAUUUGAACUUUAAAGCUGAAUUUGCUGAAGUUAAUGCUCCACUAGCAGUGGUCCUUCACAGAUGCAAACUCACGAAUGUAAGUGUGUGUGUGUGGUCUUCUCUAGGACUACAAUGGACAGCAUUCAAACUACAAAUGAUUUGUGGAAAUCUCCACAUUAGACUUCUCAAGGAGGCCUGAUCGUAAGAGCAAAAAUACUCAACAAGCAAAGCACAAGAUGUUUAAAAAAAAAAAACUGCAUAAAGUUAAGAUAGACCCUGCAUAACACCUGAGAGUGUGGCAGUGUUGAAAUACUCCAUCACCCCUCCAGUAAGAUGGAAAGACAGUAUUAGAAAAUUGUUUCAGAGGCUGAUGACACAGGAUCAAUAUUUAGUCACAAUGAAGUGUUUACAAAAGCUUCCAGUGGAUAGGAUUAUCAUCUGCUAAUUAACUUCCAGACUAUUUAAUGAAGCAAUGGCAUGGAUGUAGAUCUGGUGGGAGCAAGGAUGUGCAGAGAGGUGCAUUCAAGCCCUUAGGGUAGGAUUAUGGCUUGAAAUAUGACCUCCCACUGUAUCCGUUAUGGCACCCCAGUGGUUAAUAGGAGCUCUCUUUGUCCAGGGGUUGCUGUGGAGACUGUUCCUGUACCUCAGGAAGCAGGGACAAGAGAAGUUUCCUGUUUUGAAGAAGGUUUAAUAACUAUUUUCCUCCAAUCAAGGCAGCAGAUGCCUGGGCAGGAAAUAGAGAACACAGCUGCCAGCCCUGCUCCAGAAAUCACAAAGCCACCACUAGCACCGAAACCAAAAAUUAUUGGUCAUCUUUCUCCAGUUGCCAUCUCCAAAUUUUCUCCUUCACUGCAGAGGUCUGAUAUUCUUCAUAACCCAAAUUCUAUGUCUAGGGGCCCCAAGCCACCUAUUGCUCCCAAGCCAAAACUCUCUUCUGACACAGAGAGCAGAUCCAGUGUUAAUACCAACAAUAAUUUAAAUAAAUGCUCAAAUGGUAAACUUAUCUGUCUUGUUGGAGAGCUGUAUGAUGGAAAUCAAUGCAGUGCUGAGUGCCCAGAAUCUGAGGCAGAUAAUGAAUACAUUGUACUUCCUGAAACUCAGCUGACUGGCAAGGACUGCAAUGACUUGGAACGUGAGCAUGAUCAGAGCCUAGAUUCCUUUGCAGAGAAUGAAGUCUUGGAAAUUCCAGAAGAGGCAGAGAAGGAAGAGGACCUCACUGAUAAUUAUAAGGGCACUGGUAGUCAAGAAAUCAAGCACCAUAACUCUUCAGAUAUUGUUGAACCAAUAAAACCAGACUGUGUAUCAUCAACCAGAGACUGUGGCCAGUCUGAAGCAUUUUGUGAAGAGUCUUCCAGUGCCCCUGAUGGGAAUAAUGAUGUUUCUAAGAAUGUAGAUGAAGAUGAGAAUGUUGCAGGUGAUUGUGGUGAAACCAAAAGCAAGGAGGAAAUGUCUAACUAUCUCAAAUUGGUUAAGGACAAUGAUGAUAGUAAGACUGAUGGUGAUAACGUUUUGAAUAGACAUGAGGGCAAUGUCUGUGAAGAUAUCAUUCUAAUGCCACUACCUGCAGAUGAAUUAAUCCCAAGUUUGGAGGAGUCAGGGGAGGAGGAGGAGGAACUGUCUGAGAUUUUAGGAAAGAGAGAUGGAUGUCCAGCACGUGAUGGUGAUCACAGUGUGUACAGUGUGUAUGCAGAGCUUGAUUUGAACAUGGAAGAGGAAUUAGAAAAUGAUGACUGUACAAGUUCUGACAUGCUGCCUGAUGAAGCCAGUGAGAAAAUGGUUCUGGGCUUAGAACUGCCUGAAGGUGAACCCAAUGCUGAAAAUGAUCUGGGAGAUUCCACUCAUCAGUUGGCAGCUGAAGAGGAGGAAGCAAACACAGACAAGCACAAUAAUACAAACACAGGAAAUGCCAGUGAUGACUGUCAGAUCACUGACCUGAGAGGUGAGGAGACAUCAGAGGUAGCCUGUGAAGCAAGCAAAGACUCUGGGAAAGGAGAGGAAGAAACUGUGAAUGCAGAGAGUAUGGAUGAUGGGUGUCAAAUUGCUCCUUUUGAGAAUGACUAUGGUGAGGAAGCACCCACAAAUCUGCAAACAGAAGAGACCUCUCUGGAUGAAGAUGAUCAGAUCUCCGAUACCCUACCUAGUGGUCCAGGUGUGGAGCCAAAGCUAGAAGAUAUGUUUGCUGAAGAACAUAAUGAAAGCAUUGCAGAAACAUCUAAGUCAGAUGAGUUGCAACUUGAAGACAGUGAGGUAGGAAGAGACAAUCUCAGCAAAAGUGUCUUAAGUCCAACUCAACUAGUCCCACAUAAGGAAGAGAUAGAAGUCUGUAAGCAUGGUAAAAUGAAUGUGAAACAUGGGACCAAAAACAUCUUGCAUGAAAAUCUGGUGCUCCCUGAAGUUGUCAUUGUGCCUGAAGAAUCAGAGGGAAGAGAAACUAGCAGUGAUUCCCUUGAUGAUCCUUAUGUACUUCCUGCAGAAAAUGAAUUCACUUGUAAAGGGCAGACUGAUUCAGCAGCUGAUCACAGUAAAAGGGAUGAAUUAGGCGUGGAUGGUGAAAGCAACUUGCUGCCUAUUGAUCGUAAAACCAUUGUCACUAGAACACGGUCACUUUCUGGGAAAAUGCCAGGCUAUGUACCAGAAACAGUUCCAGAAGAAAGUGGUCCUGAAACUGAUUUACCACCUUCCUGCAACAGUUCUGGGACUGAAGAUUUAAGCAGUAAUUCAUUUUCAGUGGAAGGAAAAACAAUGGAAGACAACAAGGCAUUACUAUCCAAGCCAAGACGCUUUAUUUUAUAUCCUCGGUCUUAUUCUGUUGAAGGGAGAGAGAUACCUGUCUCCAUUUACAAAGAGGGUGAUGGCUGCGUACUCAGUGAUAUUAGAAUGAAAAAGACAGAAGAUAACUUAUCUUUGCCUUGUGUCAAUGGUUCCUCAUGUAUCUUUUCCCAGGGAAAUCUUUCAUCAGGUGCUGUAUCUACUCCAUCUUCAGUUGUUGAUAUACCACCUCCUUUUGAACUUGCCUACAUCACAAAAAAGCCAAUCACUAAAAGUUCCCCUUCACUUUUGAUAGAGAGUGAGUCACCUGAUAAGUAUUCCAAGAAAAAGAAAUCUUCCUUUAAGAGGUUCCUCACUUUAAAAUUCAAGAAGAAAACUGAAAAUAAAAUCCAUGUAGAUGUUAAUGUUUCCUCUUCGAGGUCCUCAUCAGAAUCCAGUUAUCAUGGGCCUUCAAGGCUGAUGGAGCUGGACAGGACUCUAAGUAGCUCACCUCAACUGAAGUCACAUGUGGGGAAGCUCCGUGCAUCAGAGUCUCCUUCAACUGUUUUUUUCUAUAAGGAUGGUAAGAGAAAAGGAACACCCAAGUCCUUCAGCAGGAGUGUGUCACGGGUGGAAUCCUUCGAGGACCGGUCCAGACCUCCUUUCAUGCCACUCCCAUUAACAAAACCUAGAUCGAUUUCUUUUCCCAAUGCUGACACUUCUGACUAUGAGAACAUUCCAGCUAUGAGCUCUGAUUAUGAAAAUAUACAAAUUCCUCCUCGAAGAUCCACCAGAGCAGGAACUUUCACUGAGUUGUUUGAAGAUCCCAGCAGGGCCUUAUCUGCUGCUAAUGAGAAUGAUGGCUAUGUGGAUAUGAGCAGCUUCACUGGCUUUGAGAACAAGCAGCAAAGCAUGGACCAAGAAACGGAAAGUGCCUACACUGAGCCUUAUAAGGUAUGCCCGGUCUCUGUGAUACCUGUGGAGGUUAUCACAUCAGAUGAGGAACAGAAGAGUUCAGAAGAUGAGAAGAGCAGCCAAAGUGAUCCCAGCCUCAUCAACAAGAAAGAAGGCCAACCCAAAGCUUCCCUCAUUGCCCAGGAGCUGAUGUCUUCAGAAAAAGCAUACGUGGAGAUGCUCCAGCUGUUACGUAUGGAUUUAUAUGAAGGUAUCUUGAAAGCACUUGGAGAAGAAGAUGAACAGGAAGUAGUUGAACUCAAGCAGGGCUUAAGCGAGCUCCCUGAAAUGUAUGAAUUACACCAAGAGAUCCUGGGAGAACUGGAAGAAAGAGUCCUUAAGUGGGAGGAACACCAGAAAGUUGCUGAUGUUUUUCUCUCCAGAAAAUCAAGACUGAAUCACCACACAGCAUACAUUACACAGUUUGACAAGAAUUUGGCUUUGCUAGAUGAAACCUGCCUUAAGUAUUCCCAGCUGGCUACUGUCAUUCAGGAGUUUGAGAAGAGCUCUGGUGGAAGCUCACAGAAUGUGAAACACCAGCUUUUGAAAGUGGUGCAGCGUGUCUUCCAGUAUCGUGUGAUGCUCACAGAUUACUUGAAUAAUCUUUGCCCUGAUUCUGCGGAGUAUGAAGACACACAAGCUGCCUUAUUCAUUGUUUCUGAAAUCACGGAUCGAGCCAACGAGAGCAUGCUUCAAGGGGAAAAUUUGCAGAAGCUGGUACACAUUGAGCAUAGUGUGAGAGGGCAAAGCGGCCUCCUCCAGCCAGGAAGGAUCUUUGUGAAGGAGGGAACGCUGAUGAAAGUAUCUGGGAAAAACAGGCACCCUCGGCAUUUGUUCUUGAUGAAUGAUGUUCUUCUGUACACGUAUCCACAGAAGGAUGGCAAAUACCAACUGAAAAACACAUUGGUUGUAUCAGGCAUGAAGGUGAGCCGCCCAGUGACAGAAAAUGCCCCAAAUGUCCUGAAGAUUGAAUGUGAUGAAUACUGCCUGACACUGUCAGCAAGCUCUUGCUUGGAAAGGGAUGACUGGUACAGCUGCAUCAGCAGACACAUCCCAGAUGACUACAAAGCUCACAAUACUUCCACCUUCCACGGCAACGUGGAGUUACGGGAAAGGCUUGGAAUACCCUUGGGUGAGAGGCCUCCUACUUUGGUACCCGUAUCCCACGUUAUGAUGUGCAUGAACUGUGGCUGUGACUUUACCCUCACUUUGAGGCGACAUCAUUGCCAUGCCUGUGGGAAGAUUGUAUGUCGAAACUGUUCAAGAAACAAGUACCCUAUGAAGUACCUCAGAGAUCAAGCAGCCAAAGUCUGUGACAGCUGCUAUGUGGAACUGAAGAAAAGAGAGCGGCCACUAAGUGUGAGCUUCCCUCCAACUUCAUCCAGGUGUUCAAGCAGUGCCUUCUCUUCCGUCUUCCACAAUAUCCAUUACUCAUCUUUCAAGAAACAGAAGAAGAUCCCAUCAGCUCUUACAGAGGUGGCAGCCUCAGGAGAGGGAGCUACCAUCAGUGGUUACCUCACCAGAUGUAAGAGAGGCAAAAGACACUGGAAGAAACGCUGGUUUGUUAUCAAAGGCAAAGUCCUCUACACCUACAUAGCAAAUGAGGACAAAGUUGCCACAGAAAGUUUGCCUUUGUUGGGCUUCACUGUUGCCCCAGAAAAGGAGGAAGGAUGCAUGGAUACAGUUUUCCAUCUCUAUCACAAGCAAACUCUGUUUUAUAGCUUCCGAGCAGAUGAUAGCCAUUCAGCACAGAGGUGGAUUGAAGCCAUGGAAGAAGCAUCCAUAUUAUAGCAGCUAUCACUCAAUGGACUUAGAAUACUAAUUCUCCAAUUUCUAUACAAUCCAAGCAAUCCUUUUAUGUCUUACAAAACUGAACGGUGUAUUUCAGGCAAACUGGCUACAAACACUGGAUAUGAACUGUUUCCAGAUUGCUGUCUGCUUCCUUCCUCCCCUUCCUCUUACUUUUUUUUUUUCCCAAAAGAAAACUUUAAAAUAGGGAAUAUUUAUGGUGACCUUUAUGCCUGUGCAAGUUCAACCUGUGCUAUAAGCUUUUCCUAUGAUCCCAUGGUAAGCUAAAUUUAACAUUAAAGAAAAAAAAGAGCCAUGGAAGUACUGACUACAGUAAGCAACAGGGUCACUUUUACUUACUGUAGAGCACUAUCAUAUUUCACUGGGUUGGUUUUGGUGUCUACCAUGAAAUUUAAAACAAUGUAGUAAGCAACAAAUACUCAUUUAAAGCACUUUAUUAUUUUCAUUCAACUACAGUUUAAUCUUUUCAUAUUUCCAGGGAGUUUGGUGGACUGAUUUAUUAUCCAUUAACAAAUGCCAGCAUGAAAUUAUGCCCUGCAUAUGCUAAAUUGUUUCUACAGAAAAGGAACGUACAAAAAUACUCAAUUUACCCAGUCUACCAGCAUUGCGCUAGCUAUGAUCCAGGAUAAUUACUUACUAUCCAUUUAUAAUUCGACACAAAUCACUGUAUAACUUAGUGUUUACUUUCAUAUCACUGCAGUAUUUUGAAAUGCACUAUAGUUGCUCUGCAAUCCAGACAUUGAAUAGUAUCAUGUCACCCUGAAUACCAUGUCAGAUUCAAACCCAAAGGAUAUUUUUAAUUUAUUAUAAACUUACAGACAACUUUUAUUUAACACUAAUCUACGUAGCAGUGUUAAGAUUUAUAUCAUUUAUUUAAAUAUUCUAUCUUUAUUUUCAGUCCUCCUGAUAUUUCUGCUGUUGUUGUUAUGAAAAAUGUCAUCAAAAGUUUAAUCCAUAUAACAAGUGCAUCAUCUGAAAUAUGCUGGUGGGGUGAAAUGCACUUGUCUGAACCUUCUUUGAUAAGUGUGCUUUGGAACUCCUCUGGUUAAAUCCAUCUUACUACACCUCCAGGGCUGGACUCAGCAGCCAAGUGGCAGUAUGACUUCAGAUGUGUGCUGCAUUUACACUAGCUGAAGAUGUCAAACUCUGGAGUUUUGGUUUCUGUUUCUUUUUCUGUUUGUUUGGUUGGUUGUUGUUAAAAGAAGGUUGAGAAGUGAUGUUAUAAUCAUUGCAAUAAAAUGAUUUUGUGAUCUGUAUUUGUCAUAAAACUUGACUGCGAAUAGAAUGGCAAUUAUGAUUAAAAUAUAUCUUUCUACAAAAAUAAAA